CCUGUCAUCUUGAAAGCUUCAUUGGCAACAAAGAGCAAGUGCUUCUUCUUUUUCUUGAUUAUCAAAAUGCCACCCAAAAAGAAGAAAGGAAAGGGGAAAGGAAAGAAGAAGAAGAAGGAUGAUGCACAGCUGGCAUUAGAUGACCAAUACACACAAACGAUGAACAAAAUAGAGGCAUUAAAAGAUCAUUUAGCUGUUAGAAAGGAACUGGCUCGUCGUAACCAAGCAGCAGAAGAAAGCAUGAAAGCUCAGAUGGAUGAGACCAAGGGGGAACUAGAGGAAGUCAAGAAAAAUCAACUGGAUAUCACAGCUGCAAUGACAACACAGUACAAAACUAUGCAAACUAAAAAGAAUUAUACAAUCCAUCAACUGGAAAGAGAGCUCACACAAACAACAAAGCAGUUAAAGGAAACAGAGAGAAAAUUGAAGGAAACAGAGGAUGAGAGAGACAGAAUUAUCAAAGAGAAGGAUGAAGAAAUUGCUGAACUGAAUCACGGCAUGCAAGCUCUGGAACACAGCUACAAACGCAUUCUGGAUGAUGCAAUGCGUAAAUUUAUGGAAAAACUGGAAAGUGCAAAAGAGAAAUGGGAGGAAACUGCAACUCUGAUCCAGACACGAAAUAAACAGACAUUAAUGGAACUGCAGAUGACAGAUCCGUGGACUUUUGAUGAGGUCAAACCAAUGCGGGCAUUGCAUUUUUAAUAAUCUGAUAACUUUUUUGACUUUUGUUGGUACUGUCUAUAUAUGUUGUGUAUUUUGUUAAAAUUU